UACAACUAUAGUCACGUGUGUCCUCUAUCCAAUCAGCGAAGCCGUUUUCAGAUCGUGGGUGUUUCCUUCUACCGUCGUGCUGCUGUAGACCGGGAGCAGAGCUAGCGAGCUGCAGCAGCCGUCCAUCAGCAGUGAUUCACACCACGACGGCCUGCUACAUUGUCAUCUGCUGCCAAGAAGACAUUUUUUAACGCUGUCAUUCACUGGAUAUAGGAGUCACCACGGCCUCUAGAACAAUGCCUCCUCCGAUGCGCCACCGCUCCAUGCGUGUCUUCAUGAACGACGACCGCCAUGUUAUGGCCAAACACUCUGUCAUCUACCCAACUCAGGAGGAGCUGGAAAGCGUACAGAACAUGGUGUCCCACACAGAGCGGGCCCUCAAGGCCGUCUCUGACUGGCUGGAUAAGCAGGAGAAGGGAACUUCCAAGUCCGACUCUGAUAGCGCAGACACCGAUAAGGAAAGUGAGCACAGAGAUCAGGCCACCCGCUCUCUGCGUGGCGUAAUGAGGGUGGGCCUGGUUGCCAAGGGCCUGCUACUAAAGGGGGACCUGGACCUGGAGCUAGUGCUCCUCUGUAAGGAAAAGCCUACCAUCAAUCUGCUGAAGAAAGUGUCUGAAAACCUGGUUACGCAGCUCAAGUCGAUCACAGAAGACAAGUACGUGGUGACCCAGCACAUCCGCGAGGCCAGUAUUGUCAUCAAGAACACCAAGGAGCCCCCUCUCACCCUCACCAUCCACCUGACAUCCCCUUUGGUCCGUGAGGAUAUUGAGAGGGCUGCUUCUGGAGAAUCGCUUUCAGUCAACGAUCCCCCGGAUGUUCUGGACAGGCAGAAAUGCCUAACUGCCUUGGCUUCUCUCCGCCACGCUAAGUGGUUCCAGGCCAGAGCUAACGGGCUGCGCUCUUGCGUCAUCGUCAUUCGGAUCUUAAGGGACCUCUGCGCUCGCGUCCCAACAUGGGCCCCGCUUCGUGGCUGGCUCCACCCUCCCGUGUCACUACUGGUUGCAAAAAACCAAGAUGGCGACGGCCAUAUUGCCGAACUCGAAGCUUCAAAACAGCAGUCCACAAACCAAUGGCCACUGGAGCUGAUCUGUGAGAAAGCCAUUGGCACAGGGAACCGGCCCAUGGGGGCAGGAGAAGCUCUGCGGAGAGUCUUAGAGUGUCUGGCUUCGGGAAUCCUCAUGGCAGGUACAUAUGCUGCUGGAAUCUCUGAUCCGUGUGAGAAGGAGCCCACAGAUGCUAUCGGCCACUUGGACCAGCAGCAGAGAGAAGACAUCACAGCGAGCGCACAGCAUGCCUUAAGGCUGUCUGCUUUCGGACAGCUUCACAAAGUGCUUGGAAUGGACCCCCUUCCCUCAAAGAUGCCCAAGAAGCCUCGUAGUGAGACUCCUAUUGAUUACACAGUGCAAAUCCCACCCAGUACGGCGUACGCCCCACCAAUGAAAAGGCCCAUUGAGGAAGAGGAGGGAAUUGAUGACAAGAGUCCAAAUAAGAAGAAGAAAAAGCUUCAGAAGAAAUCUCCAGAGGAGAAGGCUGAGCCUCCCCAGGCUAUGAACGCUCUGAUGAGGCUCAAUCAGCUGAAGCCAGGUCUCCAGUACAAACUGGUCUCUCAGACCGGCCCAAUUCAUGUCCCUGUCUUCACUAUGGCUGUCGAAGUAGAUGGGAAGAGCUUUGAGGCUUCUGGUCCAUCCAAACGCACUGCCAAGCUGCACGUAGCUGUAAAGGUCCUCCAGGACAUGGGCCUGCCCACAGGAGUGGAACUAAAGACCGCUGAGUCGGUGAAAUCAGAGGAGGCGGUUGUAGCUGUCACCGUGGAAGAACUGAAGCCAAUCGUAACACCCAUAGAAACUACCACUGCUGCCACAGGAGCAGCCAACGCAGACACCACUGAUGCUGUAGAGGCUGCUCGCCAACAGGGACCAAUCCUGACAAAGCACGGCAAGAACCCCGUAAUGGAGCUGAAUGAGAAGCGCCGCGGCCUGAAGUACGAGCUCAUCUCGGAGACCGGUGGCAGCCACGACAAGCGCUUCGUCAUGGAGGUGGAGAUUGACGGUCAGAAGUUUCAAGGGACAGGAUCCAAUAAGAAGGUGGCAAAGGCUUACGCUGCCCUGGCUGCUCUGGAGCGCCUCUUCCCUGAAGGCUCUAUGGCUGAUGCUGCUAAAAAGAAGAAAGGACCACCCAUGCACUCACCAGGCUUUGGCAUGAUGGGAGCCUCCGGACCUGGAGAUGCGGCUUCACCCAGGGGCAGAGGGAGAGGAGGACGAGGUCGUGGAAGAGGCAGGGGCUUCAAUAACGGAGGAGGCUACGGCCAAGGAGGUGGGUUCGGAACAUACGGUUACGGGAACAAUGCUAACUCCGGAUACAAUUACUACAACAACGGUGGCACAAACGGAGGAGGCGGGGCUUCAAGCAGCCCAUCACCCGGCCCCCCAGCCAGCACAGCACCAGGAUCAGCUCAGGGCUCCUACAGUUCAUACUACCAGAACGACGGAGCUUACACUGCCACUUCUGCCGCGAAAAACGCCAAAAAGAAACCCCCCAUGCACAAGGGAGGGAAGACGCCCUUUGCAGGUUCCCCAGGAGCCAACAGUGGAUCUGCAGGGGGGUACCAGUCCAGCAGCCCCCCGGGGCAGGGCUCCUAUAACCAGUACGGCCAGGGCUACGGUCAGGCAAAGAAGAGCUUCAACCAGAACCAGAACCAGAACCAGGGGGGGACAGGAGGAUACUCGUACAGCACUGCCUAUCCAAGCCAGGUGACGGGGGGUGCUGGAGGUAGCCAAGACUACAGUUAUGAAGGUUUCAACAACCAGUCCAAUUACAACUCCCAGGGAGGAGGUGGUGGAGGAGGUGGAGGCGGCGCAGGAGGCAACAACCAGGGCUUUGGCUCCAACAACUCUCAGUACCACAACCCAGUGGGCUACGGCAGGGGAGACGGCAGCAUGAAUUACCAGUACAGAUAAACUCUCUAUCACUCCGUCUGUGAUUCAUCGGCACCCUGCGUCAGUGUCUCGAGCCUUCUCCAAAGAAAGCGAUGGACGGCUUGCCUGUGCUCUCGGCCUUUUCCAUGUUUGCUUCUUAUGUGCUUUUGGGUUUAUAUGUAGCACAUGUGGGCACAAAUUGAGUGACUUUGUAAGAGUCGGAGCUGAGUUGCGGCUGAAUUUAGUGGUCUGUUUCAGUGGUCUGGUCAGUGCUUAGUCUUGUGUUUUUAGAUUAUUCUUAUUUUUUUUCCUUUUUAUUUUUUAAAUAUAUGCUACCAGUCCUCAUCCUCAUCACUAAAUAAUAAGGAUGAUUCUACAAAUUACUCUCACUAGCUCUGACUUGGUUUCCUUUCUUAUAAAGAGUUGUGUGAAGACAGCCGUUUCGUUUUCUCAUGUGAAACUAGUAAAAUCUCGUAGUUUUAAACUACAAAGGUUGAUGUAUUUUUUGUAAUAAUUCUAUAGACCCGAAUAGCUUGUUCUUUUCUGCAUUGCUUGUAAUUUCGGCUUAUUUUGUAAUUUACCUAAUGUGAUGUAGUUAUUUUAAUAAAUGGUUUUGGAGGUUACUGGAAAAUACACUUACAUUCUGAUGUUAGACCCACAUUUCUGCUCAAUGUAGCUUUCUCAUUGGGUUGGAUUUGUUCCUGUUGAUGUAAAACAAAAAGUGUGUUUGUAUUAAUAAAUGAUUUUUAUUUUGAA